GAGUUUGUCAGUAUGUCUAUAUUCAUAUUUAUUUAAUUUUUUUAAGUUAUGCAUUUUUAUAUCAUGUACAUUUUUCUUUUUAUCAAUAUAUCAUGUAUUUUUAAAAGUGUAGGAAUUCCUAAUACUACAACUCCAUAAAGUCGGUGGUAAAAGGUUUGUGAAGCUUUUGUAUCUCCAUCGAAUUCCCGUCACGUGGUAUCCUUUUUCAUUUUUCUUUUUCGCAACAAAUUCUGAAUAAUUGAACAAUCCCCUUUUUGGUGGGAAGAAAUACUCAAUACAUAAACGUUUAUGUUACACUCUAAUUUUUCCAGCGACGACUGAAGCUCUAGAAGAAAAACAUGGAAGAUUUCAGUCGCAAUUUCUGCCAUCAAUAGUUUCUUCUACGCUUCAAGAGUUUAUUCACCUGUUUUUUGCUGCCAUUUUCUCGUUUGGUUUCCCCCCUACAAAUUUUUCGGGGAUUCCACAUCCGCAACAGAGACUGGAUCCACAGGAGAAAAGGAUAAAGUAUGGAAGGCGGCGCAGAAAGAGGUUCGGAAUGCCAGAGGGCUACAGAUGGGAGGGAGAGUAGUGACAAUGGUUCUAGCAAGGCAAUCCGUAUCCCCUCUUGUUGCUUGAAAGCAAGGGCAUCUGCGCCCGAGCUAGAUGCCAAGUGCCACUCAACGGUUGUUUCUGGAUGGUUCUCCGAAAGGCCAUCCUCUGAUGAAUCUUUGAAUGAAGUCUAUUUUAACAAUCCAAUGUGGCCAGGAGAGUCGCAUUCCCUGAAAGUUGAAAAGAUUUUGUUCAAGGACAAGUCGAAGUAUCAGGAGGUUCUGGUUUUCCAGUCUUCAGCAUAUGGAAGGGUACUUGUGCUAGAUGGCAUUGUUCAGUUGACUGAGAAAGAUGAAUGUGUUUACCAGGAAAUGAUAACCCAUCUCCCUCUUUGUUCAAUCGAAUCACCAAAAAAUGUUUUGGUGGUAGGCGGGGGUGAUGGUGGUGUCCUUAGGGAAAUUGCCCGUCACAGCUCUGUGAAGUUGAUUGAUAUUUGUGAAAUCGAUCAAAUGGUCAUAGAUGUAAGCAAGAAUUUUUUUCCAGAGUUAGCUAUUGGUUUUGAGGAUCCUCGCGUGCACCUUCAUGUUGGUGAUGCUAUUGAAUUUCUAAAGCAUACACCUGAAGGGAAAUAUGAUGCAAUUAUUGUUGAUUCAUCAGACCCCGUGGGUCCUGCUCAGGAGCUCGUGGAGAGACCCUUCUUUGAGACCAUUGCCAGAGCAUUGAGGCCUGGUGGUGUUCUUUGUAAUAUGGCAGAAAGUAUGUGGCUUCACACACAUCUGAUUCAGGAUAUGUUAUCAAUAUGUCGAGACAUUUUUAAAGGUUCUGUCCGUUAUGCGUGGGCUAAUGUCCCUACAUAUCCGAGUGGUGUUAUAGGAUUUCUGUUAUGCUCAACUGAGGGACCACCUGUUGAUUUUGUACACCCUAUCAACCCCAUUGAGAAAUUGGAUGGUGCACUUGACUACAGAAGGGAAAUUAAAUUUUACAACUCUGAGAUUCAUAGAGCUGCCUUUGCAUUGCCAUCUUUCGUAAGGAGGGAAGUAGAAGCUCUUCGGGGUUGAUCAACCUUCUUUCAAGUCAAUGUGUUGUAGUUGGUCUUAUGCCUCAUUACUCACAUAUUAAACAGGUAGAUGAUGGUGUUUGCCUCGCUAAACAUUAUGACUGAUGAUAGAUUGGGGAUAUCAUAUUACAUAUUCUAUUUAGUAUGGAUUGUUGGAUUUGGUUGCAGCGGAUUUGUUGCUUGGUAUCAGCUAUCCUCUUCACGUGUUACUGGGGUCUUAUUGUGUAUGUGGCGUUAUGCAUUCAAUAAGUUCGUUUGAGUUGUUUCAUCAUUUGGUGUGAGAUUUUGCAACUUGAAUUUCCAUAGGGAUGGUGUAAAUUGUUUGAUGUUAAUUUGGUAUGAAACUAUGAUGCCUGUCUACAACAAUGGCUUUCCA